AAAUAGCAUUAUCCACAACUCCAAAUAAUUCUUCCCAAUCUUCUAUAAGUAGACUUUACUCAAUUAAACAUCAAAAUAUUAUCAAGAAGAAAAAUGUUGACAUUGCCUAGUUUCUUAGCUCAUUCUUUCUUGUUCAUCUUCAUCAAUAUUCUUCCCUCAUUCACUCAAGGCAUAGUACCUCCUUCCCAAACUUUCAAUUUCGUAAACGAAGGAUCGUUCGGAGACUACAUCGUCGAAUACAAUGCCAACUAUCGAGUUUUGUCCAUCGCGAAUUCUCCCUUCCAAAUGUGUUUCUACAACACCACGCCGAGUGCCUACACUUUGGCCUUACGUAUGGGCACCGUUCGAUCCGAGUCAUUGAUGUAUUGGGUUUGGGAGGCGAACCGCGGCAAUCCCGUCGGAGAAAAUGCCACGUUCUCGCUCGGCGCUAGCGGCAACCUACUCUUGGCCGACGCCGGUGGCCGGAUCGCGUGGCAAUCGAAUACGGCCAACAAAGAUGUCGUGGGCUUCAAGUUGCUACCGAAUGGUAACAUGGUGCUCUACAACUCCAAGGGCAAUUUCGUCUGGCAAAGUUUCGAUUCGCCAACCGAUACCCUACUAAUGGGCCAAUCCCUAAAAUUAAAAGGCCCAAACAAGCUUGUGGGCCGACUUUCUGAGACGGAAAACAAGAAUGGGCCUUACAGUCUGGUCUUGGAGCCCAAAAGAUUCGCAAUGUACUACACGAGUAAGAACUCUCCUAACAAGCCCAUGUUAUAUUAUAGCUUGACUGUUUUUCCCUCUUCCGGAAACCAAGUCCUCGACAAUAUGACGCUCGAAGUCGAGCCCGACUUUGGUGAUGUCGCCUUCGAGAUAAGGCUAGCGUAUUCGGGUGGUGGAGCCGGUGUUUUAUUUCGUCCCAAAUACAAUGCUACGUUGACUUAUCUCCGGUUGGGUGUGGACGGGGGUUUGACGGCGCACACAUUUUACGACAAGGUGUUUUACAAUGCUUGGGAAAUGACGUACACACUAUUCGGUAGGACUUCCGUCUUGGCAUGCCAGUUGCCGAUGAGAUGCGGUGGGUUCGGGCUUUGUGAGGAUAACCAAUGUGUGGGGUGCCCAUCUCCAAAUGGGGUGUUGGGAUGGAGCAAGAGUUGUGCACCACCUAAGAUAACUUCUUGUAAAUCAAGUGAUGUUAAAUACUAUAAAUUGGAAGGGGUUGACCAUUUCUUGAUACAUUACACUAGGGGAAGCGGGCCCGUGAAAGAGGAGGAUUGUUCGAGGAAAUGUACGUUGGAUUGUAAGUGCGCGGGCUUUUUCUUCAAUCGGGCCGAGUCGAGGUGUUGGGUUGUGAAUGAAUUGGGUACACUUGAGAGGGUCGCCAAUUCGUCACAUGUAGGCUAUAUUAAGACCUCUCUUCACUAGUGGAAAAAGAUGGCUUGCUAUAAUAAGCCAUCUAUCUAAUAAUUAGAGUUAGGACUAUCAAUACUUUUUGCGAAGUCCUUUCUUUUUCUUUUUUUAUUUGUGCCCCUUGCAUUUAUUGUUUCUUUCAUUUUGAUGCAUCUGUAAUAAAAUUUGAUUUUUUUUUUCUCCAUGAAAAAGGAAUCAAUUCUUUAAUGGAUUUUAUUUUAAUA